CAAUAACGUCUUUAUACAUACUCGACAUUCGACAAUAUUAUAAAACUUAUGAGUAACUUCAUCUCGAAUUUGACAUUAAAUAAACACACACAGAAUAAAACCUUAUAAUAAUAAUAGUCUCUUGGGGCCAUUAGUCUAGAGAGCAGACUUGGUCUUCUUCUUCCUCUUUCUCUACUUCAUACAUAAUUUCAUUUCUCAGGUUUCUAUAUAUUUUCUUCUCCACUUUUUAUAAUUUAUCCGCUUGUCUGCUAUCUCUUACAUUAAAUCUAAACCUAAAUCAUUAGAAUCUCUAAUCCAGUUUAUAAUAUACUUUUCAUUUUUAUCAAUUUUUUUUUUCUUUUUGUGUUUGGUGUUGGCAUGGCUGGUCUCGAUCUAGGCACAACUUCUCGCUACGUCCACAACGUCGAUGGUGGCGGCGGCGGACAGUUCACCACCGACAACCACCACGAAGAUGACGGUGGCGCUGGAGGAAACCACCAUCAUCACCAUCAUAAUCAUAAUCACCAUCAAGGUUUAGAUUUAAUAGCUUCUAAUGAUAACUCUGGACUAGGCGGCGGUGGAGGAGGAGGGAGCGGUGACCUCGUCAUGCGUCGGCCACGUGGCCGUCCAGCUGGAUCGAAGAACAAACCGAAGCCGCCGGUGAUUGUCACGCGCGAGAGCGCAAACACUCUUAGGGCUCACAUUCUUGAAGUUGGAAGUGGCUGCGACGUUUUCGAAUGUAUCUCCACUUACGCUCGUCGGAGACAGCGCGGGAUUUGCGUUUUAUCCGGGACGGGAACCGUCACUAACGUCAGCAUCCGUCAGCCUACGGCGGCCGGAGCUGUUGUGACUCUGCGGGGUACUUUUGAGAUUCUUUCCCUCUCCGGAUCUUUUCUUCCGCCACCUGCUCCUCCAGGGGCGACUAGCUUGACGAUAUUCCUCGCUGGAGCUCAAGGACAGGUCGUCGGAGGUAACGUAGUUGGUGAGUUAAUGGCGGCGGGGCCGGUAAUGGUCAUGGCAGCGUCUUUUACAAACGUGGCUUACGAAAGGUUGCCUUUGGACGAGCAUGAGGAGCACUUGCAAAGUGGCGGCGGCGGAGGUGGAGGGAAUAUGUACUCGGAAGCCACUGGCGGUGGCGGAGGGUUGCCUUUCUUUAAUUUGCCGAUGAGUAUGCCUCAGAUUGGAGUUGAAAGUUGGCAGGGGAAUCACGCCGGCGCCGGUAGGGCUCCGUUUUAGCAAUUUAAGAAACUUUAAUUGUUUUUUCCACUUUUUUGUUUUUCUCCGAAUUUUAUGAAAUUAUGAUUUAAGAAAAAAAACGAUAUUGUUCAUGUAUUGACCCUCUUACUGCAUGGUUUCUUCUAUUGGGUUAAUUGACUAGCUCAUAAGAAUUGUUUAAUUUGGUUAUUGUCAUCAAAUUUGCCCACAUAUAAAGCUUCUAGCAAAUUAAAACUUCCACAAUUUCUUCUGUAAUAGUGCUUGUUAGUUUUUUUUU